UCUGACACAGUUCCUGUAUAAUCCGAUUAUCUGAGGCUAGUUCCAUUCAUAUUUAAUGUGUAUUGUUAGCCGGUGUAUGUGAUCAAAAACAGACCAUAUGAUUAACUUCUGUGACAAGAAGUAAUUAUAUGAGCUGUCGACACCCCAGAUGGCCGAUAAUACAUAAACAGAAGAGUCGGGUACCUGUAAGUGACAGAUCUGUUAGCAAUGCUCGACCGAUAUACAUAUUUCCCAGCCUAUGUGCCAAACGCUGCAUGGGAUAAUACCUAGGCAACUGUGAUUAGCGUUAGUUCAUAUUUUUAUUCACAUGAUGUAAACAAGGAGACUUUUUAUCCAGGUUUAUUUGGAGUUUAGACGUAGUAUUUAUGUGACGGGAAUUCCUUUAAUAUUAACCAGUAAGCUAUCGACAUUAGAUUGGUGAUGAUAUAGGAAGUAGCUUUGGUGAUGAUAUAGGAAGUAGCUUUGGUGAUGAUAUAGGAAGUAGCUUUGGUGAUGAUAUAGGAAGUAGCUAAGAUGCACGACGUAAACUACAGACUGUACGAUGCAGUCAUUAAAGGCCAGACGGGCAACGCCCUCAAGUUCCUCAGACUCGGAGCGGACGUCAACAAACGGGAUGUGACUGAUGGGAUGACACCUUUGCUGAAGGCUGCCCGGCGGCGAAAUUUUGUCAUGAUGAAAUUGCUGCUUUUCCAUGGCGCCAAACCCAACACAAGAGAUAAAGAGCGGGGGCUAACAGCGAUGCACUACUCGGCGGAGGCGGGGGACACGGAGAGUAUGAUGUUACUGCUGGCCUUCAAUGCCAAUAUGGAUAGCACUGACUACGUGGGGUGUACCCCGCUACAUUACGCCUCUAACCGGGACCACGCCCGAGCUGCAGACUUGCUGGUCUUUUGUGGAGCUGACGCCACCCUACGGAACCUGAGAAAGGAAACACCAAUAUCAAUUUGCGAAAAUGAAGAUAUCGGGACUACUCUAUUAGAGUCAAAACGAGUAGUGAAUGGAAUGAAAAAUAAUGAUGUCUUCAUUGAACAUAAGCAACUGGAGGCCGAUGCCAAGACCUCAUUCAACGAAAUAGGGCUCGUCGUGUUCACCCCUCCAACAUUCAGCACUGACAGUCUGAGCUUCCUGUGUCGCCGCGUCAGACCAGAGUAUAGUGACAAUAUCCUCCGUCCCGGCAGGCAGGAGCUCCUCAUCAGCGAUACAUUCCAGUAUCGUCUGUCCUCCUCCAAGUCUGACGGACUCGUUUGUUUGGAAAUUCCUCUCUACAAUCAUCCCGACCCAUUUGAGGAUGUCUACAUGAAGACGGACACACAACCAAAAAUAAACCCCGCCAACAAAAUAAUGGACAUCAAAAGAAUCCGAUGCGAAAACAGCCUAAGUGAUUAUAAGUGGGUGUGUUACACCGAGGCAGACCUCACCACAAUGUCUGCCUUCUGUCUGGUUACCGUUCCAAGAGUGGAAAAUUUUGAUGUACCCCCAGAAGGAACAUUUGUGACGUCAGAGGUGGACCAGUUCGUGCAGAUCUCCGUCCCACCAAAUACAUUCAAUGAACCUAAGAGUAGAAUAUCUUUAGAGGUUAUGCCAAGCCCAGUGUUCGAUCCGCGAGAUUUCGACAACAUUGUAUCUGUUAGUCAUUUUUAUGACUUGAACCAUAAUUACCGCGAGCGUCCACAAAAAGAAGUUGGUCUGAAGAUACCUCUCCCACAGGACUACGACGGAGAGGGAAGUCUGUAUAUACUGGGGGCCGAACUAAGCAGUCAAGCCUAUUUGGAUAUGGAAGAGGAUGGAGAAGAGACACAGGAAGACAUACUGGAAUGCUGGAGUAUUAUAGAGAAAGACCCUAUAGCUGCCAAAGGAUGUAUCAAAUGCCCAGUAACACAUUUCUCAUACUACGUAGCAUCUGAAGCAAAACCGAACAUGAUAGAAGAUGCGGUGAUAGAGCAGACAUCCAAACUUUGUCGGAGAGCUUCACUAAGGAAACAACAUGUCAGACUCAUCGUCAUGCUGAAACCAUUGGGUAAUGAAAUGUAUGACGUCAUUGUAGAGAUAGCAAUAGCGAGAAAGGCCGACGACAGACUCAAUCACUGGAGGAGUUAUCGAUACCUGGAUCAAAAACCCAGCGUGUCUGGAGACUUUGAAUCUGUUCCAAGAAAGCGGUAUUCUAUAACACUUAGUGCCGAAAUUGAAAAAUGUGGAGGAUUACCUUCUACCCCGUUAGACUUUCACCCCAAGCGGUUCAAUUAUCAACAGUUUCAAAUAUGUCGGAAAAAGAAUGUUGACCUGAACUCUGGGGUGGUGAUUCUGCAUGAUGAGGACAGUGAAGAGGAGGUUUCUAGAUUACCUAUCCACUUAACUGGUUCUCCAUUUCUCGAGGAUUUAGGAGAGUUUGAAGACGGAUUUCCAGGAUUCACAAGGAACAAACUACUGAAACACCUGGCUAGAGAGACAGGGGAUGAAUGGAUCAAAGUAAGCGUCCUACUGGGGCUCACCUAUCGUACAGUGGAGGAACACUCCAAGCUUCCCAAUAAGACAAUCACGGAAAAGAAAUUCAAGAUUCUACAGCUGUGGCGAGACAUGAGUAAAAACCGUCAGGACCUGGGUGUUCCUGACCUCUUGUCCGCCCUCGGGAAGGCCAAAAGGGACGACCUGGUGGAAUAUGUCAGUGCACAACUCAAAGUCUGGCUUGAGGAGAAAAAGGACAUGCCUGACCGCUUCUACCACUGGUUAGAGGAAGCCCUUCAAGGUCCCAGCAAGGACAUCCUAGAAACCAACAAUCACCCCGAACCCAUGACGGACCAGUUCUACGUCCUCCUUGUGGAGAAAUGCGGCAUUGAUCUCAAGUCAACCGGAAGUCAUCUCAACCUAUCAAAACCGGAACUGGACGGAUUGUUCUCAGACACGUUGGCCAGCAAGGACGAGCAUAAACUACUACAUUCUUUGGGUCAGUUUUAUGACCUCUGUUCAGCGGAGAUAGAGGAAAUUGUAGCCCUACCCAUCGGCCAUAGGUUACUGCGGAUGUUGGUAGUUGCCCGGGAGAAAAGUGAGAGCAACAUUCAUGCAUACCGGUCGUUGAUAGAGGCAUGUGACUCGGUGGGAUUGACGGAAGCUAAACAGUGGAUACUGGACAUGUCCAAAGAAUGGUUGAUGGCCGAUCCCGAGGCAACGGAUCCCUUCAGAAUAGCUGUCCAUGAAGUGAUAGAGUCUGUUGAAGGUCAUUAUCUGGAUGACUCUAGUCCGAAUGCCGACUAGUAAUCUGACCAGGGUGCCUAAUGUCCACUAAGAACCAGUAAUGAACACAAUGCACCCAACAUGCAGAGUGGGAUAAUGUUAUCUGAGACAUAUAGAUAAGAAGUUUAAAUCUCUUUUUAAACUGACUCCCGGAUCGAAUUACUGCAAAACGAAAACCGGGACUAGUAGACGAAAGAAAUCAUCAAACAGCUCACUUUUUGUAAUCUAGAACUAAUAUAAUGUGCCAAAACCAAUAGACAACGAUAAACUAAAUGCUUGUAAAACAAGAAUGUCCAUUUAUCAAUAAUCAUUAGAUAUAAGUGUUAAACAUAAGUAUCUUUCUCACAUGAUUAUAUAUCAAAGUAUAUUUAUGUAAAUGUGAUGAAAUGUCUUUAUUUUCACCACUUCCAUGAAUAACGGUGAAUGUAAACAUCAUACAUCGUUUUUCUGGAUGGUUUAGGAAAGAGUAUGUGCAUAGCUUCGUUGUUUAUAGUAUAAAUAAAGUGAUAAUUUAAACUCAGUGCUUGUUUUUGUAUACAACACCUAUUCAAAUCACAUUUUUCUUUGUCAAACAAAGAGUGCAAAUGACCGGUUAACACAGAGCGUAAAACAACUGACUAAGCAACGGUGUGCUGAGCAGAUGAAGUCCGUUGUCAAAAUCGUAUAGAGACAUAUUUGGUCUCAAGUGCACUCUCAAAUACACAGACAGAAAAUAUCAUAUGUAUCCCCUUCCCCCUAACCACCCUACCCUACCCCCAUUUGAUAAUGUUUUAUGCCAUAUGCGGUUUGUUUGGCAUAUUUUAUAAGCACAAACUUUUAAUUUUCUCCCCUCACCUUAUCCAGUCGCAUUGAUUUCGUUUCUAUGUUUACACUUGCUAAUGUAAUGACAUUGUAUUGAAUGCUGCCUAUCCUUAUCAAAUCAAUAUCUGUAUUUAUUCAGAUGGUUUUUACUAGACUUUUUUAUAACCAGAAAUUUGAACUUUUCAAUCAAAUUCGAACUUUGCUUUUGGUUUUACCACUGAAUUUAUAUAAAGACUUUUUCAGAUGCGUUUCAGUAUUGCUGAGUAUAAAUUUUAUUGAUUCGCUGUCAUCAUAUAUCUGUGAUGAAAAUUUCAAAGAAAAUGAUGCAUUACGUUGAAUGGAUAUUGGAAGGGCUUGCACGUCAAAUAAAAUCGUUG